AUGUGUUUUGCAGUUUUGUUGAAUACCAAAAGAAUUGCUGACUUCUAUCUCUCUGAUGAGGUAGAAGUUUCAGAAAUCGCAACUUACAAGGGUCCAUACCCGGUCUUAGCAGCAUACGGAACCUAUUAUAUUUGGAAGUUGGAUCUCAGCAGGAAUGAGCUUACCGGACCCAUACCACCAACACUUUCUGAUAAUAUGAGCACUAUUGAUCUGUCAGAUAACCGUCUUAAUGGAUCUAUACCCAGAAGUUUUUCAAAUCUUCCUGUUUUGCAGAAAUUGUCACUUGAAAAUAAUUUGUUGAUCGGUUUUGUGUCUACUAACAUGUGGCAGAACAUGUCCUCCACUAAAAGUGCUUCUGUUAGUACUACCAUAUUUGUCAAUAUCAACACAAGUGCAAGGCCUCAAGGGGGUUAUGGAAAGGUUUACAGAGGCAUUUUACUUGACAAAACAAUGGUGGCUAUAAAGCGUGCUAAAGACGGAUCCUUACAAGGUGAAAAGGAAUUUUUGAUGGAGAUCAAUUUGUUGUCGAGGUUACAUCAUCGAAAUCUAGUUUCCUUGGUUGGAUAUUGUGUUGAAGAAGGAGAGCAGAAGCUGGGUGAGCUUAUGAACGAGAGUCACUACAGCUGCAGCGUUCUAUAUGAAUGCAGCUGCCCAGAGUUGGAAGAACUUGUAAAAAUUUGCCGCGAUAAUGAUGCAUUGGGGGCAAGACUUACAGGAGCUGGAUGGGGUGGCUGUGCGGUCGCUUUGGUGAAAGAACCAAUCGUCCCUCAAUUCAUCCUCAAUUUGAAGGAAAGGUUCUACAAAUCAAGAAUUGACAAGGGAAUAACUGGCAAGAAUGAUCUUGGCCUCUAUGUUUUUGCUUCAAAGCCUUCAAGCGGGGCUGCUAUUUUCAAGUUCUAA